ACUCAAAGAUCAUCUUACCAUCUCGCCAUUCCACCCAACAGUCUACUCACCCACACACUCCUGUUCAGCGACUGUACUUAGUCACUGCAAGCAGCUCAGGCAGAGCUACACAAGCUUGCCUGGAGACCUGCUCUCCCCUCACCAUCGCGCAUCGUACCCUAUCCCCCUCCGCAUCUUUCCUACCUUGCACCCGCCAUGCUCCCUUCAUUAGCCGCUCGCUCAGUCUCACGUCUAGCGUCUGCCUCGGCCUCGUCAGCAAGCACCUCUUCGCGACUCAGACUCACGCAGAGGCCUUCGUCACUCCUCUUCUCACAUGCCCCCUCUCGCUUCGCCGCACCACCUCUCACAUCGCUGAGCAGGACGUACGCCACACCGGUGGAGGACCCAAAGAAGAAUGACAAGAGCAAGGAGAACAGCGAGGACAGCGAGAAAGAUAGCAAGGACGGUGCCGAAGAGAAGAAAGAGGCCAGCAGUGGCAAGGAAGAUCGGAAGCUAAGUCCAGAGGAGCUGGCCAAGAAGCGACAAGAGGAGAUUGAAAAGGCAUUGCAAGAGACCAUCCGUCAGUCGCAGGAGAGGCAACAACAGGCAUGGCAAGACCUCAAGGGCUUCUUCGGCCUGGGCGGCGAGCCUCCAAAGCCAUCCGACAAGAAGUCGACCAGCGCAAGCGAAAAGGGCGAGAAGUCGGAGUCCGACGACAAGAAGAAGAAGGAUGCAGGAUCUUCAGGCGGCCCAGCUGGUGGACCUCAAGAGGUCAGGCUCAACGGCAAUUUCUUGGUCGGUUCCGUCGUCGGAACAUACCUUGUCUACAAGCUCACAUCUCCCGAUACUCCCUCCCGCGAGAUUACCUGGCAGGAGUUCCGCACGGCCUUCCUCGAGAAGGGCCUCGUGGAGCGCCUAGUCGUUGUCAACCGCUCCAAGGUGAAGGUCUAUCUCACAUCGAACGCCACUGGCUCAAUGCCAGGCGGCAGCGCUGCAGGAGGUAGCGGUCAGGCUGCCUACUGGUUCUCUGUUGGCUCUGUGGAGGCCUUUGAGCGCAGACUGGAUGACGCCCAACGCGAGCUCGAGAUCCCUUCGAGCGAGAAGAUCCCCGUGGCAUACCACGAGGAGAUCUCCACUGCAUCGACUCUGCUGCACUUUGCCCCUACCCUUCUCCUCGCCGGUCUCCUCUUCUGGAUCAGCAGGAGAGCUAGCGGAGCAGCGGGUGGCGCUGGUGGCGGUGGACCAGGUGGUAUCUUCGGUAUCGGCAAGUCCAAGGCUAAGAUGUUCAACCAGGAGACUGACAUCAAGAUGAAGUUCGACCAAGUGGCGGGAAUGGACGAGGCCAAGGAGGAGAUCAUGGAGUUUGUCAGCUUCCUCAAGAAGCCCGAGAAGUACAAGAGGCUAGGAGCCAAGAUCCCUCGAGGUGCCAUUCUCAGUGGACCACCAGGAACCGGUAAGACUCUUUUGGCAAAGGCUACCGCUGGAGAGGCAGGCGUUCCCUUCCUGAGCGUAUCUGGAUCGGAAUUCGUGGAGAUGUUCGUCGGAGUCGGUCCUUCAAGAGUGAGGGACAUGUUCGCCAACGCCAAGAAGAACGCACCUUGCAUCAUCUUCGUAGACGAGAUCGAUGCCAUUGGUAAGGCUCGUGGCAAGGGUGGAUCGUUUGGAGGCAACGAUGAGCGUGAGAGUACUCUCAACGAGCUCCUGGUCCAGAUGGACGGUUUCAGCACUGAGGAGCACGUCGUUGUUCUUGCUGGAACCAACAGGCCAGAUGUGCUGGACCCUGCUCUGAUGCGUCCGGGACGUUUCGAUCGACACAUCGCCAUCGACCGACCCGAUAUCUCAGGCCGCAAGGAGAUCUUCAAGGUCCACCUCAAGCCCAUUCAGCUCGCUCCCAGCGUUGACCGCGAGAUGCUGUCGGAGAAGCUGUCGACGCUCACUCCUGGCUUCUCGGGAGCAGACGUUGCUAACAUCUGUAACGAGGCUGCUCUGAUUGCCGCUCGCAAGGGCGCCGACGGAGUGACAGAGCACCACUUCGAGCUUGCCAUCGAGCGUGUCAUUGCCGGGCUUGAGCGCAAGUCGCGCGUGCUCUCGCCCGAGGAAAAGAACAUUGUUGCCCACCACGAGGCCGGCCACGCCAUCGUUGGCUGGUUCCUGGAGCACUGCGACCCUCUGCUCAAGGUCUCCAUCAUUCCUCGAGGUGUCGGAGCACUUGGUUACGCUCAGUACCUGCCCAAGGAGAAGUACCUCUUCUCUACCGAGCAGCUGAUCGACCGCAUGUGCAUGACCCUCGGAGGACGAGUAUCCGAGGAGAUCUUCUUUGGCUCCAUCACCACGGGUGCACAAGACGAUCUGGGCAAGAUCACACGGAUGGCCUUCGAGAUCUGUGCCUCAUACGGUAUGAACUCGACCCUGGGUCCCGUGUCGUACCGUGCCGAGGAGCAGUCGAUGCACAAACCUUACUCUGAGAAGACGGGCGAGCUGCUAGACGCCGAGGUGCGCAAGCUGAUCAACAAGGCCCACGAGCGGACAACGGAGCUUCUGACGAAGCACAAGGACGAUGUGAAGAAGGUGGCAAAUCUUCUGCUUGAGAAGGAGGUCAUCACACGAGAGGACAUGCGCAACUUGCUUGGCAAGAGGCCAUUCAAGGUUGCUGACGAGGCCGAUGACUAUCUGGACAAGAAGGGAAGGCUGAACAGGGGCGAGACUUCGGCACCACCCCCACCACCGGAGGAGAUGGAGGGCGAGCCAGGCUUGGCAGCAUCGUCAAAGGCGGACAAGCCUUCGCUAUGAGUUGCGUCUUUCCUGCAUGUUGCGGUUAUACACAGACACCACUUUCACUCCCUCUCUCUAGGCUCGGAUAUCUCUCUUGCCAUAACCACCAUCGCCAUCAUGCUAUUGUCAUCUCUCUGCAUUACGGUUCCUGACUUGUAGAAUCACCACCUCUUUGCCCUCACUUUUGCUUCUUUCCCUUUCCAUUCUGGUAGAUUCUCGGUUAAUGUCAUGGCAUGCUGUUUGAGA